GCCCCCUCCCACCCAGCCGGCCUCGCCCCCAGCUCCUCCCGAAGGCCGACCUGCCGCCGGCCGUGACGGCGCCGCCGAGCCCCUCUGCCGCCCGCCCCCGGGCCCUCCUCCCGGCACUGAUUCGGCGCCGGAGCCUCGGGUGCCUGAGCCCCCCCUCCCUGGCCCUACCCCCGCAGCCGCGGCUGCCGAGCUGUCAGCGCGCAGGCAGCGACGCGGCCCCGCGCCGCCGCCCGCCCGCCGGUCCCCGACCGCCGCCGCGGAGCCGCCGCCGCGGGGCGGCAGCAGGUUAGAGAACAAAGGGAGGAAUUCCUGCUGCAUCUAAUCAAAGGUCUGAGGUUUCCAGCAGAGGUAACACAGCCAGGAUGAGAAGAUCACAGAGCAAGCAAUACAAUGAUGACACUGAAGGUUCAGGUCCUAUUUGGCUUCCUUUGCUGCACGAUUUUUCUGCCUACAGAUGGCUUCCCAGCAGACACCAGUACUGAAUUUCGCUCUGCUUUCUCUGUGGCCAGAACCAGCAGCAUGGAAGGGAGCUCUGAGAUGGUCAUUACCUUUGACAAAAUGUAUGUGAACAUUGGCAAUGACUUUGAUCCCAAGACUGGAUUGUUCCGCUGUCGGAUUCCUGGAGCCUACUACUUCUCCUUCACUGUUGGGAAAUACCCAAAGAAAAACUUGUCUGUCAUGCUGAUGAGAAACAAGAAUGACGUGCAAGUGAUUGUGUAUGAUGAACACCACCGCAAGGAACGGAAGGUAGCCAGCCAGAGUGCCGUGCUGCAGCUUGACUACGGUGACACGGUUUGGUUGCGUUUACACGGAGACCCCAAGUAUGCUCUUUACAGCAACAUGGGCCCCUAUACAACUUUCAAUGGCUACCUAAUCUAUCCAGACACUUCUGCCUUCUUCCAGAAUGCUCUUAGUUCUCAAGAGCUGGGGCCACACCAUCAUACAACCCAGCAACUUCCUGGAGAGCAGAAUGAAGCUUCGCAGCGACACGUGUUAUCCGAUCAACCAAAGCGAGAACAGGACCCUCGCUCUGCAUUUUCUGUUGCCCGUUCAAGAAGCCUCCUGGGGACAGAUGACAAGCAAACACAACAUGAGCCAAUCACAUUUGACACAGAGUUUGUGAACAUUGGAAAAGAUUUCAAUUCCUCCACUGGCAUCUUCUCCUGCCGUAUACCUGGAGCAUACUAUUUCUCUUUCACUAUUGGCAAAAUGCCCUUUAAGACUAUGUCAGUGAAACUUAUGAAGAACCACAAUGAAGUGCAGGCCAUGAUCUAUGAUGACAACCACUCCAAGAGGCGGGAGAUGCAGAGCCAGAGUAUCAUGCUGCCUCUGCAAUACGGGGACACUGUUUGGCUCUACAGCCACCAGCACGAUGGCUACGGUGCCUACAGCAACCACGGCAAGUACAUCACCUUUACAGGCUUCCUGAUCUAUGCAGAGGCUCAGCCAAAGUGGCUUCCAGGUGCCAGCUCACCCCAAGGGUCAAAUAAUUAAAAGCAGAUGUGAAAGGAGCAUAAGAAAAGCCAAGGUGCCAUGAACUUGGGUAUAGCUCCUCUUUGGAUAUCAUCCUCUACUUUGAGCAUGCUGUCAUAUGUCCAGUGCUUUCCUUACGCUGCAUGCUUGUGCCCGGUCCUCAGGGCCACUGCUCUGUCUGCCACUCAUUCAUAGAAAGGUCUUUACAGGUUGUAUGUGUGUCCUGUGUUGGUGUUUGGUUUAAGCAUAAAGCAUGAGGUAGCUUUGGGGCAGGGGUGGGGCAGUGUAGCGAGAUGCUGACGAUCAGAGAACCAUCGCGGUAAUGUUACUGCAGAUCCCCAUCAUCCAGAAAGCAAAGGAUGAGGCGACUUUCCUUGCAUAUUUGGGGAGAGAAUAAAUGUAAUGAAAAUGAAUGUAAUAAAAAUACAAAAGAUGUAAAAUCUUCUCUGAUUG